UUGUGGUCAUUUUGUAGCACGUUGUUCUAUUGAGAUGUAAACAAGUGUUUUUAAUUGAAUUUGCAUUGCCGUAGACGAUUGUAUAUUUAAUAUUCCAAAUAGCAAAUACUUUUCAACAACAGAUUUCUCGAUGCUUCACAUUACAAAAUGACCGAACGUAUAGACGAAAGCAUACCAUCUCCAGAAACAUUGAAUUCUGCAAUAUCAGUCACUCCACCACUUCAAUCUUUAGAGAGUAGCUCGACCGAUGAUGCAUCUAUGUUUUGGUCGACGAAAAAUAUUAGUAAUACAAUGUUCCCGUCGACUAUAUCAUCCUGCGCUGAACAAAACGUGACAAUUUCGCCGACAAAUUCACCUACGCAGUCGUCCAAUCAGUUACCAUUUAUAUCACCCAUUAGCCGAUCAUUUUCUACUCGUGUCAGAAAUUCUUGUGAAGAUGUGAUUGUGGAUCAAGAAACGGAAAUUUAUAAUUCUAAACUAAACAUAACUGAUUCCCAAAUGCAACACACAUUAACAGCUACUGAUGCAAUGCCUACAAUCGACGAUUCAUCUGUGGAAAUAAACGAUUCGUUUAAUGACGAUUCUGAUGUUGCUGAAUAUCGAUUGCAGUGUGAUUACAGUCGAGCGUCGACUCCAAGCACUUUAGAUGCCGAUUCUAUCAUGUCAUUAUCUUUGUCGUUUAACGAUAGUGACGAUGAUUCUUCUGAUAUGAAUGUGGAAGAGAUUGUGGAUGAGACAAAUGAUAUGGUGGAUAACGGGAUAAAUGACAUUGUUUAUAAAGUAGACAACAAACAGUCAAGUCAGAUGUCAACGAAUUUUAACGAAACAGUCAUUACAAACAGUCAUACACAUACAAUAUCUACAUAUCAGUGUCCAGCUAAAUCAGAUGAUAAAAUAAGUAAGUCUACAAAUGAAGAGUGUAUUUUUGUCACAUGUGAUGAUAAAACGUGCGUUACAGACGAAAAAGGACAACUUGAUGUUUUAAAAAACGACGCUUUUGAGAAAAGUAUAGUACCCGUUACCUACACUUAUACAGAUGUAAUAUCAGGAUUGUCUACAGUAGAAACGCAAGUGUCACACACUGAACCAUUACAUAAGGAAGCAGAGGAUAAUUUUUCAGAAUCUAAACUGUCUUCUAAAAGUAAUGAAAAAGAUCAAGGAUCUAUGAUGACAACAUAUAAUAUGAUAAAAGAUGGAUUUCAACAGCACCAUUGUGAUACAGAUGAUGUCAACAAAAACUUCAUACAAACCAAAUUGAAACAAAACAAUUCAGACUCAUUUUCGAGAUAUUCAUACGUCGACAAAAUAUCAACCAGCACAGAUGCUGUAAGUAACACAAAUGGUCAAGUAGAUAUGUUUUGCAAAUCAUAUGUAUCUACAAAUAUGGACAAAACAGGACUGUGUUUUUCUAAUAGUUCACAGUUAUUCGAAGGGGAUAUAAUGGAUUUUAACAAGAGUCUUUUAUUAGAGGUCGAGCGAGGAAUACAAAAUUCAGUUAUUAAGGAAGAUAUAGUAACCGAGAACCAAAUGAGGUCAAUGGUAUGUCCAGGUUUGCAGACUGAUGUUUCAUCACAAAUAUCAAACAAUAUAGAAACGCCAUCUUCUUUUGAAUUCAAAAUACAAACCGCGCCAGUGUCUAUGGUUGUCGCAAAGGAAAACCUUGUUUCGACUUUUGUUUUAAAGCCACUGAAAUCAGUUGUCAAUACAUCACAUCCGAUUGGACCAACUUUAUUGCUUGGUAAAUCUGAUUGUGAGGAAUUGCCCUCAAAAACAAAAGGUUCUGGAUGCGAGAGACUGCCUUCAAACGGUUCUGAAUGUGAGCGACUGCAUUUUAAAAGCUGCAUUACUAGUAUUCCAGUUCAAGCUGUUAAUUCCAAUCUCGAACUGAAAGGAAAUUCAGAAGAGCCAAGUAAUCAUUCUUCCACUUACAUUUCUAUGGUAGGAUUAACGACCACGAUCUCUAAAGACUCAAUCGAAUCUUUUGGUUCUACUAUUAGACCAUGUACCGUUAUUGCAGGUCAUAUGCAAAUCCCUAUGUUGUCAGCUGCAGUACCUAACAUUUGUCAUGAACGAAUACAUCGAUCAAUUUUAACGAACCAGACACCGGUACCUCAUCAUAAGCAAUUACAGGUUAAGAAAAAAGAUGACUUAAUAAACAAUCAGAUAGCAAUAAAAAAAUCAAAGGAAACCGAACUUUAUAGGCAAUAUAUUACCAUGUCUUCAGGCGGUAAGACGAUUGUUUCACCUAUAUCAAAUUCAGUGUAUACAAAUUCAUUAUUGAAGCCUGGAACGAAGCCGCCUUUAAUAUACAGAUUAGAUGCAACAUUGAAGAAUCAUGUAUCAACAAAUUCGAAUUUUACUACAGAGUCAGAUGUACCAAUUUUAGUUAAAGGUGCAUCCGGAAAAUACACCUUUGCGUAUCUUAAUAUUGAGAAUGACGGUAAACCAAAAUCAAAGGCGAACGAAAAAAAAUCAGUUAUACCAAAAGUUAAUACCUCUGUGAACACGAUUAAAGUAGUACCGCCAAAUUCAAGUCUAAAUAAUCCUACAUUAACAAAAUUAUUAAAGGACAAUUCGAUCUCACCAAUAAUGUCAAACUCGUCGACCGUUCCUACAAUGACCAGCAGUACUAGUAUGCUCAAUUUAACUAGACUUUUAACAAGUAAUCUAUCAAAGUCUUCUGCUACGACCACCUGUACUAAUAUGUCAUCUCGACCUAUAUCCAGUGUUACAUCUGUUCUGCCGAUACAACAGAAAUCAAAACUUCCUACAGUUAAAGAUAUGUUGAAGAAUGACACACUAAGUGAAUUUAGGAAAACUAAAAGACUAGUAAGGGAAAAUUUAGCAUUGCUGCAAAAAACAAAUUGUGGAAGUAAAGACCUAUUUGACACUUAUAGCGAUAUUUUAAAAACUAUAGAGAAUCAUGAAAAUUCCAUGUUUGAGACUUCAACUAUGGUAAAUAAGACAUUAAACGUUCCUCCAAACGAUUGUGUCACAUCAACCGAAAAACCUUUAGUUACCAAUUUUAGUGUAAGUUUACCUCGAGUACCGUUAUUUUCUCAAGUUUCAAAGGUUCCAGAAAUCAACGAAACGCUCCAAACAAAGACAGCAGUUUCAGGCAGUGCAACAAAGUCGCAAAUACCUGUCAUAAAACAAUCUGAAAACCAGAGUGAAGGUCUUAAAAGACCCAUAGUCGUUAAGGUGGUUUAUGGAACAGAGAAUAUAAAAGGAAAAACUUCAAUGACUACGCAUGACUAUAUAUUGGACGAAUCUACUGGACAUUUCCGACCUGCAAGUUGUUUAGAUGAAAAAGACAAAACAAUGAAGACAACUUUGUCAGUUCCAAAGGAAACAACUGCUGUAUAUGACACUACAGAGACCAAUACAUGUAGAGAGUUGUACUCUGCUGAAACCAGUAGAGUAUCAGCAUUUACCAAAACCAGAAUUAAAUCAUGGUACUCUAACAAAUGUUCUGCAUCAUUGAUUCCCUGUACAAAAAUAAAGUCAACGUUGACAAGCACGCACACAACCUCGACAGCUUAUACAAAUAGUGUGCCAUGGAAGUUACCUUGGUUCAAUAAAGUGUCUAUCUCAUCCAAUGGGAACCCAGCUGUUAAAUCGCAACAAGACAAAUCAAAUAUCGUUUCAUCACAUGACAACAGAAAGCUAGUAACGUACGCAAAUACAAAGGUUGUUUCGUCACUUCCUCAAAAUAAUGUAGUAUCGCCAUAUUCCAGCAAAAGUGUUGGAUCACAGUUUUCAAAUUCAAAUGGUAUUUCACCGAAGAAUGAUGUUCCGUCAAAAGUAAGUGCAGUAAAGUCCGUCCGAAUUGAUAAAACGGCUAGUUCAAGUUUAGUACAGAAUAUUCAAACAAAACUUGCCAGAAAACAAAAACUUAUUCCAUAUUAUUCAUUAUAUGAUAAAGACUUACCACAUAAGCGUUUAACAAAAGACACACAAAAUGAUCAAAGUACUGCAGUGCCUAUCAGUAUACCAUCGACUGUUAUUCAGAGACCAGCUACUUCAAACGCUACAACAAAUGCAACAGUGAAUAUUUUAGUUCCCUCUCCUUUGUACAAACAAAAUGACUCUACUGCAGAUGGUUUCAACUGUGCAUCAGAUAGAUAUGAAAUUGCGAGUAAACAAAGUGGUAAAGUACAAAAAGUAACUCCACAUCAUUCAGUAUAUGAUAAAAACUUACUGCAUAUGUGUUUACCAAAAGACCCACAAAGUGACCAAAGUAUUACAGUGCCUAUCAGUAUACCAUCGACUGUUAUUCAAAGCCCAUCUACGUCAAAAGCUACAACAAAUGCAACAGUGAAUAUUUUAGUUCCCUCUCCUUUGUACAAACAAAAUGACUUAAUCGCAGAUGGUUUCAACUGUGCAUCAGAUAGAUAUGGAAUUGCGAGUAAACAAAGUCACAGUGGUAAAGUACACAAACUAACUCUUUUUCAUACAUUAAAUGAUAAAAACUUAACACAUAAGCGUUUAUCAAAAGACCCACAAAAUUACCAGAGUAUUACAGUGCCUAUCAGUAUACCGUCUACUGUUAUUCAGAGCCGAGCUACGGCGCAAGCUACAACAAAUGCAACAGUGGAUAGUUUACCUCCCUCACCUUUGUUUAAACAAAAUGUCUUAAACUCCAAUGGUUGCAAUUGUAUCUCACGUGGUUGCAAUUGUGCCUUGGAUGGAUAUGGUAUUAAAAUUGAUUCUGUGUAUUCAUUGAGAGAGGUACCCAAGAAGGCUCUCCAGACUACCCGAUCAUUUCUGAGGUAUGGUUCUGAAACGGAGACAGACGAUGAAGGAGAGCAGGCUACUUAUUUUAGAGACCAAUUUUAUGGUAAACUACAGAAAACAAAGGUCAAACUGAAUGAGGUGGCAAAAAAAGAUGAAAGAUUGAGGAAGCCUUGUUAUGUAGUGCUCCAGGAUUUAGAAGGGAAGUCGGUUUUACCCUCUCGCUGUACUAGUUGUUGUAGAAAGUAUGUCGUCAGAAGUUUGUGUCAAAGAAUUUUUACUAUGGCAAUGAUUUUAAAGAAAGAACUAUUUACAUAUAAGAGAAAACAUAUCCGUUCACGUAAGAAAGGUAUAAAAAAGAAACCAACGCAAAAGACUCUUGCGAGUGAAACACCCAUCAGUUGUUCUUUAACAUCCGGUUAUACGCCUGUCAGUUGUACUUCAGCAUCCGGUUAUACGUCCGUUACUAGUACCUUAGGUACGAGUUUUACGCCCAUCAUUAACACUUCAGCUCCUGUUGUAACAACGUCAACUCUGCCUUUCCAUUCUUUCUAUAUAAAGAGUGAACCUGGUACUAAGGUAUAUGGAGAUGAAUUUACUGCUUCAAACAAAACUGAACAUGAUACAUCUGAAUACGGGCAAAAUGUUAGCAGAGGAGAAAAUGACAAUGCAUCAACAUUAAGUAAACGUGCUAGAAUAGAAAAAAGUACGAAGUAAUUUGGUAAAAUAUAACGUCUUAAAGGACGAAAAAAGGUGAGGAGAAAAGCUUCGGAAGAUGUGAAACGCAAAGAACACUGGAUAUGAAUGAUUGAGAUAGAAGAUGGCAUAUAAUUUGUUGAAAUGAUACCUGGAUAAGAAAAGAAAACAUUACUGUAAAAAAGAAUAUAACUGUAAUGUUAUUUUUUUAGCUCACUUGACCCAAAAGGCCAUGUGAGCUUUUCUCAUCACUUGCCGUCCAUCGUCGUUAACUUUUACAAAAAUCUUCUCUUCUGAAACUACAGGGUCAAAUCUAACUAACCUUGGCCACAAUUCUCAAUGGGGUAUCUAGGUUAAAAAUUGUGACCCGGCUAACCAACCAAGAUGGCCGCCAUGGCUAAAAAUAGAACAUAGAGGUAAAAUGAAGAUGAAGGCUUAUAUCUCUGAAACCAAAGCAUUAAGAGCAAAUUUGACAUGGGAUCACAUUUAUCAGGUGAAGACCUAUCUGCCCUGAAAUUUUCAGAUGAAUCGGACAACCCGUUGUUAGGUUGCUACCCCUGAAUUGAUAAUUUUAAGGAAUUUUUGCCGUUUUUGGUUAUUAUCUUGAAUGUUAUUAUAGAUAGAGAUAAACAGUAUAAGCAAUAAUGUUCAGCAAGUAAGAUCUACAAAUAAGUCAAAUGACCACAAUGGUCAGUUGACACCUUCAGGAGUUGGUCCUUUAAUUUUACAAAUUGUUCUAUACCAAACUUGUCCACAAUCAUCAUAAGAGUUUCAAGUUUAAAAAAUAUGUUCGAUGACCCUUCCCGCGAACUAAGAUGUCAAACAUGGCUAAAAUUAGUUCAUCGGAUCUAUAAGUAAGUCAACAUGACCAACAUGGUUAGUCCCUUAGAGAGUUAUUGUCCUUCAAAGAAUUUUUUUAUACAAUUUUUCGUAAAUUUUUGUAAUCUUUUACAAAAAUCUUCUUCUUUGUAAACCACUCAGACAAAUUUAAGCAAACUUCUUCACAUUCAUCAUUAGGGUAUCUAGUUUAAACAAAUGUGUUCGAAUACCCCGCCCGCG